AUGGAGCCCUCCAGGGGCCCACCGCGGGGGCCAGUCUGGGGCCCGGCCCUGAACUGCAGUGCAGGAUGUGGGGGCAGGGGUUGCUCCCCUCCCCCUGGGAUCCACAGCCAGGAGGCCUGGGAGAUACUGCAGCAACUGUGCAGCCUCAGCUCGGCUGGUGUGGAGGCUGGGCGGAGGGCUAUCUCCCCCGUGCUGUGCGCUGUGGUCUGGACCCUGCUGUCCAGCGGAAUCCUGCUGGCCCUCAUCUUCCUGGUGUUCACCCUGCGCUUCCGCAACAACAGGAUAGUGAAGAUGUCGAGCCCGAACCUGAAUAUUCUGACGCUCUUUGGGAGCGUGCUCACCUACAGCAGCGGCUUCCUGUUUGCCAUCGAGGAGCGAGCGCCAGAGCCCAGCCCCAGGGCUGCAAUGCAGGCCCGGAUCUGGAUCCUGUGCAUUGGCAGCUCCCUGGUGUUCGGUCCCAUCCUGGGGAAGACAUGGAGGAUCUACAGGGUCUUCACCCAGCGCGUGCCGGACCGCAGGGUGAUCAUUCGGGACCUGCAGCUGAUGGGGCUGGUGGUUCUGCUCAUCCUGCUGGACCUCCUUGUUCUGACCGUCUGGGGCCUGACCGACCCGGUCCAGUGUGCAGGGUCCAUCAGUGCUGUGGUCAAGGUGGUGGGACGGGAGGUGUCCUACUCCCUGACCCAGCUGGACUCCUGCUCCUCUCUCCACUCCGACAUCUGGAUCCUCCUCUUCUGUGUGCUAAAGGGGAGCGUCCUACUUUACGGAACGUACCUGGCCGGUCUGACCAGUGACGUCAGCUCCCCUCCCGUCAACCAGUCCCCCACCAUCAUGGCGGCCGUCUGCCUGGCCUCGCUGUCGGCGGCCGUGGCCGUGCCCGUGUCCAGGCUCCUGCAGGACUGGCCCAACGUGGUCUACGGCGUCGUCUCGGGCGCCAUCUUCCUCUGCACCCUGGCCGUCGACUGCCUCCUGUUCGUGCCGCAGCUGACCCAGUGGAAGCGAUUCGAGGAUGAGCUGAACCCCCACCCCAGCCAGAUGGCCAAGUACUUCAGCACCCCCAGCAGGAGCCUGAGGUCCAUGUACAGCGAGGAUGAGGUCUACUGCAGAGAGAACAACGCCAUGAAGAGGCUCCUCACAGAGAAGAACGCGUUGAUUGACAGCCUGCAGGAGCAGGUGAACAACGCCAAGGAGAAGCUUCUGAGGCUGAUGGUGGUCAGCGGACCCCCGGGGCCGGACCGGGAUCGAGAGAUGGACUCCUCCAACACCAACCUCCACUCCUCCUCCACACAGGUCACUGAGCUUCCGCCCGAGACCUCGGGCCCACUGCUGGACGACCUUCCUCCUGCUUCUCCUCCUCCUCUUCCUCCCACGAGGACCGAGGAGGUCCCGCACAGUGCAGAGAGGGGACGAGAGUUUGCAUCGGAAGGCCUGGGGUGUGACACUGAAGCGACGCAGGCACAACUGAGGACGACUACGGGUCCUUCUGGGUCCUCUGGAGGUGUGGAUACCACGGUAACAGAUCCACCAGAGGCGGCCGCUCCUUCGGGCGAUGACGUGGUCUCAGGCCGCGCCCCUCGGUCUCCGCCCCCUCUCGGUGCGGAUCGACCCGGGAGCGCUGGGGCACUGGGGGAGCGGACCCUCGCGGUUCUGGCGGGAGGUAAACCCGGCUUCGUCAGCAGCGAGCAGCUCCAGGAGGUCCUCCAGGAGCUCUGUGUCGAUGCCUCGCUGAGGUCGCCCACCCAGGGGAAGAGGGCCCACGAUGAGCACCGCCCGGGGUCGUCUGGGUCACCGGUCGACUACCUCUACCCCAGUAUCUCCCCCUACGUCAUGAGGAAACGGAGGCCGCCGUUUCGUAACUCCAGAGCCGGGCCGCCGCCGUACUGCUACCCAGGGUCAGAGCGCCCGAUACGGGGGAGCGUGGCAUCUUGUGGCGGGGCCCCCGAAACCGUCCCUACGGAGACGCCCCUUCAUCCCGCGGACACAGGAACAGUUGACGAGGAGGAGCAGGAGAGGGAGGGCGAGAGUCUGGGGGAGGACGUCCCACUGAGAAGGGGCUCAAGAUGGGACCACCGCCGCCCAACUCGCCGGAGUACUGUCCCGCCGUUCGCGAGGUCCCACCCGAAGCGCCCCAGAAUGGAGGGCGCUCGGGGGUCCCCCCCCGGCCCGAGGGACCCCUACGAUUACUCCGACUCCGACUCCAGCAGCUCGGAGGACAGCUACUGCUUCUACCACCGGCCGUACUGCAGCGUCUGCCUCCAGGGCCCGUACGGGUCCGUGGACAGCACCGGCACCGAGUCCUCCGACAGCGAGCCGGGCCGCCUGCCGGGCCGCGGGCGCCGGACCCACCCCGUGGUCAACUUCAACGACGACCUCAAGCCCACCUUCGUCUGAGCCCUGGUGCCAACCGGCCGUGCCGGGCGGAGUACGGUCCAUAGGUCCAGCUUCGUUUUCGAGAACAUUUGGGGAACAUUACGAUUUUGGUUCCCCUGUCGUUGGUGAGAUGAUGUUAAGACGAGAGCUGAUCUCCAGGCGGGCUGAGAAGCAUAUUUAUUGUUCCGAACCAGUUCUGUCAAAAGACGCAGAAAACAUUCCAUUGACGUGGCGGAGGAAUUUCCUAUUGACAUCCCCUGAUGGUUAUGGUUUUGUCAGGAAGUAUACAUUUGAAGAACAUUUUAAAAUGCCUCCCUAAGUAUAGUGUGAAAGUUCAGGUUCAUUGCACAUUGCUAGCUUUCCCCCAAAAAAAUCCCAUGUAAAUUCCCAAUUCAAAGUCUCUUUGAACAGGAAUAGCAAAACUUUUUUUGGUCCAAAAACUUUUCUGCAAUCUUCCAUUUUUCCUUAAAAGUACCAUUCAACAGACAUUCAGGAACCAGAAUGAAUUUAUGUGUUGGUUUGCCCUAACAUUUACCCUAACUUUCCAGGACUGCUCUGGGAACUAAAAAUAGUUCAGCUCCAGAGUUCCAGAGCUGCCUGUGACCUCACAGUGAUUGCCCUUUAACCUCACUGUCUGGGCCAAUGAAAUAGCAGGCUGUUUGUUUCCUCACCCUCACGAACCCAUUAAGUGUCUGAUAUUUCUUGGGAGAGCCUUGAGCAUUUUAUAUCGUAUAAGGAGCUUUUCAGAACAUGUCUGAGAUCUUCGCUACCAGUUUGGUUUCCUGCUGGACAGAGAGUGUGGGGCUUUCAUAGUGAUGCACCAUCGUUCUUUUCCAGACACACACACGUAGUAAAUCGGUUUGUAUAUAAUCUAUUAUUUAUUAUUAUUAUUAUUAUUAUUAUUAUUAUUGUAUCAUGCUGCGUUGUCCUCCACUCAAGGUAUUUUUGGAAAUUAUUUUCAUGUCUUACCAACAAAAGCCCAAAAGGUUACCAGCAUGCACUGUAACGUUAAAGGAGUACCCGCUGGCUAUCCUAUACACUAAUUCACUAAUACACUAAAAGUAAAUUAAAUCCUUGAGUUCAUUUUAGUAUUUUAAAUGGUCAAACCUCAUAUGAAUAAAUGCCACACAAGGACCCUGCCACAUUCAAAUCCUCGACUCGCGUAGAGACAUUAGAUGUAUUACAGUAUAGGUAUACAAAUUUAAAAAAUUUAAAAAACAACGCCACUGUAAAGUGACUUAGUAGGGUGGAGAAGACCAAUCAGGUGAGUUGAUGGAUGUGAAAUCAUUCCAGUGUCAGUCAGUGACAAGACGUCGUCAUACAGGAAGAAUCAGUGUCGUACUCCUCAAUCCAUCAGGCAAAUGGCAAACUUUGAUCAGUUUAAUACAGGGGCUGACUCUUGACGCCUAUCCUCCCAAGAUCCACCAAUUAAUUUGGGCCCCCUGUGAAGACAUGACAAGAGUAGGGGGUUCCCCGGGGUGCUGGCUAAAUUCCCAAUCUGGCUCUCUCAACCUGCCACCUAAUCCUCCCCUCAUUUAAGUGGCGAAAAAAUCAUUCUCCCCCUCUCUGUCUGUUAACACGCCCUGAACUGUGAUCCCGUCUGUCUGUUAACACGCCCUGAUCUGUGAUCCCGUCUGUCUGUUAACACGCCCCUGAUCUGUGAUCCCGUCUCUGUCUGUUAACACGCCCCUGAUCUGUGAUCCCGUCCGUCUGUUAACACGCCCCUGAUCUGUGAUCCUGUCUCUGUCUGUUAACACGCCCCUGAUCUGUGAUCCUGUCUCUGUCUGUUAACACGCCCCUGAUCUGUGAUCCUGUCUCUGUCUGUUAACACGCCCUGAUCUGUGAUCCCGUCUCUGUCUCCUAACACGCCCCUGAUCUGUGAUCCUGUCUCUGUCUGUUAACACUCGCUGCUUUUUCACUGAAUGAAGUGGAAAGUACAGGACAGUCUGUCUGCUCUCCUUUAAAAAAAAAAAAAACACUAAGCAACCACUUUGUGUUCUGUGGACAGAGGCAUUGUUGUCUUGAAAGACAAACCUCUCAAUUCAUGAGGACGAGAGACUCAGUUGAUGCCAUUAAGUAAUUAUUGACAUCGGCACUGUAAGGAAAAUGCCCCCCACAGAAUUACAGAACCAUUAGAACCCUUCACUUUUGGAACACCAUUACAGAACCAGCAGAACCCUUCACUUUUGGAACACCAUUACAGAACCAGCAGAACCGUUCCGCUGCUUUCUUCACUACAUGUACAAAACAAAAAAAAUUUAUUUUGUCUUUUAAAUCUCAUUUGACUAUAAAAGUCAGAUAGGGAUACUCUUUUUUAAAUGUAAUUUAUUUCACAGCUUGCCUUUAAUUUAUUACCUCUACUUUAAUUAGAUUUUAUAUCUUCAUUAAUAACUGGAUGACAUAUGGAUGAAAUAUUAUAAAUGAG